CUCUGACUCUUUUAUAAGCGGGGAAAGUUUGAUAAGUGUGCCUCAGUUUCCCCAUAGUCGCUUUACUUGGGAUUUUGUGCCUGAUCUACAGAAGUGACGGAGAAAGUCCCUACAGGGCUCUCCACUGUUUUCUUGUCUCCAGUGAUGGCAGAGGGAGACCUAAAAGGCAGACGGAUACGGCAGUAGCCAGAGAGAGAAACAAGAGAGACUGUCCCUGCAUCUGUAGCAGUAUGACGCGUUUGUGUGUUUGUGUGGCUACUAAGAGCCCAUUUUGUUUACGUUUUUUGAGUGACGCUGAAGGGUACUCAUACUCAUGUUGACAGUUUGCUACCUUCUGACUCUCCCAUUGCUCAACUUAUGAACGUGUUACAGUGGUGCCGAAACCCGGGAGCGAUCGGAGGAAACGUCGUCAUGGAAUCUUCACCACUGGGCUAAGUCCCUCGCCGGCAUCCAGCAAAGUCAACUUCAGGCCCUCAUGGAGUUACGCCUGGAGCAACAACUCCUGCUCAAGGCUCAAGCGGAGGACCGGCUGGUAUUCCAGAGCCUGAUCGACAGAGAGGGGGCUGCCGAUGUGAACCCGGAGCCCUCAACAUCAGUGACCCUCAUCAAAAUGGGGCAGAGUGAUGAUCUUACUAAAAAGGGGACCCCCAAUCCGGUCCAGUGGACAGAGUCGUGCCAACAGGCUUUCCUGAAAUUAAAAUCUGCGCUUUGAGGGGGGCCGCUUUUACAUGCUCCUAAUUUCUCUCUCCCCUUUAUUUUGCAGACGGAUGCAUCUGACAGGGGGCUGGGGGCGGUACUCUCGCAAGAGGUGGGUGGGGAGGAACAGCCGGUGCUGUUCAUAAGUUGCAAGCUCUCCUUGAGGGAGAUGAAGUACAGCACCAUUGAAAAUGAGUGUCUUGCGAUCAAGUGGCCGAUCCUCACCCUCCGCUUCUACCUGCUGGGGCGUGCCUUCACCCUCUGCUCAGAUCACACCCCACUCCAGUGGCUCCACCGCAUGAAAGUUACCAACGCGUGGAUCACCCGUUGGUUCCUGGUGCACUUCAGCCGUUUAAAUUCGAGAUGAAAGACAGUCUAACAUGUUUGGAAUGACACGAGGGUGACUAAAUGACAACAUCAUUUUUGGUUGAACUAGCUCUCUAACAGACCUGAGACCAGCUAGAACUCCCUCAAGAUGGGUGACUGGAGUGCUCUGGGAAGGCUCCUUGACAAGGUGCAGGCCUACUCCACAGCCGGAGGGAAGAUCUGGCUCUCUGUACUCUUCAUCUUCCGGAUCCUGGUUCUGGGAACUGCAGUGGAGUCGGCCUGGGGGGACGAGCAGUCGGCUUUCAAGUGCAACACCCAGCAGCCUGGUUGCGAGAAUGUCUGCUAUGACAAAUCGUUCCCCAUUUCACACGUGCGCUUCUGGGUGCUGCAGAUCAUCUUCGUGUCCACCCCUACGCUUCUGUACCUAGCACAUGUGUUUUACCUGAUGCGCAAAGAGGUGAAGCUGAACCGCAAAGAGGAGGAGCUGAAGGCGGUACAGAACGACGGAGGUGAUGUGGAUCUCCAUCUGAAGAAGAUCGAGCUCAAGAAGCUCAAGUAUGGCCUGCAGGAACAUGGCAAGGUGAAGAUGAAGGGUGGUCUCCUGCGCACCUACAUCGUGAGCAUCCUUUUCAAGUCGAUCUUUGAAGUGGGCUUCCUGAUGAUCCAGUGGUACAUAUACGGCUUCAGUCUGUCGGCCGUGUACACCUGCGAGCGCUCGCCUUGCCCCCAUCAAGUAGACUGUUUCCUUUCUAGACCCACAGAGAAGACUGUCUUUAUUAUCUUCAUGCUGGUGGUUUCUCUGGUCUCGCUUGUGCUCAAUGUUAUCGAGCUAUUCUACGUGUCAUUCAAACGGAUCAAGGACCGCGUGAAAGGUAGACAAAACGAGUUCCAAACCGGCACCUUGAGCCCUACACCUAAGGAACUGUCCCCCACAAAAUACGCAUACUACAAUGGUUGCUCCUCGCCGACUGCGCCACUUUCGCCAAUGUCACCGCCAGGCUACAAGCUAGCCACCGGCGAGCGGACCAACUCUUGUCGCAAUUACAACAAGCAGGCCAAUGAGCAGAACUGGGCCAACUACAGUACGGAGCAAAAUCGUCUUGGCCAGAACGGCAGCACCAUCUCCAAUUCACAUGCUCAGGCCUUUGAGUACCCUGAUGAUACGCACGAGCACAAGAAACUAACGGCAGGCCACGAGUUGCAGCCAUUAGCUUUGAUAGAUGCGCGGCCGUGCAGUCGGGCCAGCAGCCGCAUGAGCAGUCGAGCGAGGCCCGACGACCUGGAUGUCUAGCUGUGCGACUUGGUGCAACGUCAUGACACUAGAGGACUGAUGCAGGAAGUGAGACGGGCUAAUUUCCUGUACCGAGGGGGCGGGGCUAAUUCCGCACAAGUUCCUCACUAGACUCUAGUCGAUACAGAGACAUAAAAUUACUCACACUGCUGGAGGUACUAUUGAUUAAUAAUGUUAUAACUAGCAGAGCUAACAUGCCCUAACAACUGAACUGUCGGGGCCAAGGGCACAAACAGGGCAAACCUGUCCAACUCUUAAUUCAACCCACCAGAAUAUGCCUUGAUUGAUUUUUUUUAAAAUGCCACACAAUUCCAUUUUAACAUGUUGCACUCCUAUUUGUAGAAUUGUAUUCUAACCCCCACAUCACACUUUUAAUUGGAUCUCAGUUGAUGUCUCAUAUUUAUGACCUCAAAUCCAUGUUGUCCAACAGGCUCCUAGUGUUAAUGAAUUAAUAUUUAUUUAUUCAUAAAGACUAACAGGAUAUCCACCACUAGAUAAAGACUGACUACUACUCAAGAUUAUGUCUACAUAAUUAAUACCAUCCAAUCACAUAUUUAUUGACAAUAAUCCAAAUUUCAACAAAACGUUAAGAGGAUUUUAUUAAUCACAGUGUGACUGUCAUUUUCCUUAUAAACUUUGAAUUUAUGUGGUGUCAGUUUAUUGUUAUUUGAUGAUAUUCGUUGUUUUGGGUGGUGGUAUGAUAUGGAAGUGUCUAUAUGUGGACUAAGCUGCUGUACCAACAGUCAAACAGCUUGAGUUCUUAUUUUUUAUUUUUGAAGAAAUUGUGCUCUAAAAAGUCUCUGAGAGAAAGACUUUAUUUUUGUUCUCAUUUAAAAUGCCAUUUUUAUUUUCAUCUUUUGAUUUUUGGAUUAAGAGAGGAGGGGGGAUGGAAUGAGUUAGAAUUAAAUUAGAAUAAUAGAAUUAAUGUUUUUUCUGUCUUACCUUGGAGUGAAUUACCUUUUUUUUUUUUUUAACUCAAUGUAAUCAUUGCUGCUUGAGAGAUAGAGAUUUAGUACUGUAAAUCAAGCUAACUAUGUCACAAAUGUGAGUUUUUAGAAGACUGCUUGUUAGAGCUGGACUAAUAUUUAGUCAGUUAUAUUAAGAGAUAUAUGCCAGCGUAGCUCCACAACUACCAAACACUAGUAGAUGAAAUUUCAUUAUGGACAUUCUUUUGUUUUGAUUUUCAAAUUUUGCAUCAUAGUAUUGGUACUCAUUCGCAGAGGCUCAUGGAUCUUUCAGCUACAAUGGUGUUUGCACUGAGAUUUUGGCUAGGGUGUUAUUUGAUGCAAAAAGGACAAAAAAGUUCUCUGUUAUGCAUGUAACUAAUUUAUUUUACAACACACUACAAGGUGUAAAAUCACUACACUUUAGCAGUGCUCUCACAGAAACCUUGGUUUUUGGAUGUCGAGUAGCUAUUUUAGGCAAAAUUAUGCAUCUGGUAAAUAAAAAAAAAGGGGGUUUUAAUUGGAAAAAAGUUAAUGCCAUUCCAUGGGAAUCCACUGUUGUACAGUGCGCAUGACAGUGGAAAAACCAAGCAAUGAAACAAAAAAAGACAUUAUUCAAAUCUGUGAAAAAGCAAUUUAACCAAUAAAGAUUUUUUUCUUUGUAA